GGAGACCCACCUCGUUCAUGGUGGGGGCGUGGUUUCCUUAACGAGGCGUGGCAUUUCGUGCGGGGGCGGGCCGGGCCAAUGAACAGACAGGAGCGGGUGGGCGGGGCCUGCGCGCGAGUGCGGCGCGCUGCAGGGCGGCCGACGCAGGCAAAAGCAAGCUGUGCGCGACGGCUAGUCGGCGCCGCGCAGAGCUGGCCGUAGGAUUGGCUGUGGUACUCGCGUGUCAAGCGGUUGCUAGGCUCCGGACCCGUGCCCCGCCUUCGCGUUCGGCGCCCUCUCACCGCCCGGUACGUGCUCGCGCGGAGGCUGCGGCGCUGCGUUCGCGGUCCUUGGGCUCGGCUGUGGCAGAGGCGGCGGCUUCGCGCCGAGUCCCGGGGGAACGGCGGCGGUGGCGUCCUGGGGCCAGGAGUGGCUAACACCUGCUGCGGCCCGCCCGCCAGCGCUGAGCUCUGAGUGCUCUAGAAUGGAGCAGGUGUGCAGAGGGUGAGGACCCAGCUCUGGGACCAAGUCAUUUGCUUCCUUACUUAGCAAGACUAUCAGCUUGAGCAAACUCGGACCUGGGAUGAGGAUGUCUGUGGCCCUCUUGCUGCUGCUCCCUCUAUGGGGGAGGACCUUAUUCCUUCUGUUCUCCGUGGCUGUGGCUCAGUCUCGCUGGCCCAGUGAACCAUCAGAGGCCAUCAGGGACUGGGAGAACCACCUCGAGGCAUCCAUGCACUCAGUGCUCUCAGACCUCCAUGCGGCUGUUCCCACAGUGGUUGGCAUUCCUGAUGGCACAGCUGUUGUUGGGCGCUCAUUUCGAGUGACCAUUCCAACAGAUUUAAUUGCCUCCAAUGGAGAAGUCAUCAAGGUAUCAGCUGUGGGAAAGGAGGCUUUGCCAUCUUGGCUGUACUGGGAUCUGGAGAGCCAUACCCUGGAGGGCCUCCCCCUUGACACUGAUAAGGGUGUGCAUUACAUCUCAGUAAGUGCUGCACGGCUGGGGGCCAACGGGAGUCAUGUUCCCCAGACUUCCAGUGUGUUUUCCAUUGAGGUUUAUCCUGAAGACCACAGUGAGCCACAGUCUGUGCGGGCAGCCUCACCAGACCCUGGUGAUCUGCUAUCAUCUGCCUGUGUUGCUGAUGAGCCUGUGACUGUCUUGACAGUGAUUUUGGAUGCUGACCUCACCAAGAUGACCCCAAAGCAAAGGAUUGACCUCCUGCACAGGAUGCACAGGUUCUCAGAAGUGGAGCUUCACAACAUGAAGUUGGUGCCUGUAGUGAAUAAUAGACUAUUUGACAUGUCGGCCUUCAUGGCUGGCCCAGGAAAUGCAAAAAAGGUGGUAGAGAAUGGGGCCUUGCUCUCCUGGAAGCUAGGCUGCUCCCUGAACCAGAAUAAUGUGCCUGAUAUUCGUGGUGUGGAGGCCCCUGCCAGGGAGGGUGCUAUGUCUGCCCACCUUGGUUACCCUGUGGUGGGUUGGCACAUUGCCAAUAAGAAACCCUCUCUUCCCAAACGCAUUCGGAGGCAAAUCCAUGCCACACCCACACCUGUCACCGCCAUUGGGCCCCCAACCACAGCUAUCCAGGAGCCACCAUCCAGGAUUGUGCCCACCCCAACAUCUCCAUCCAUUGCUCCUCCUACAGAAACCAUGGCCCCACCAGUCAGGGAUCCUAUUCCUGGGAAGCCCACAGUCACCAUUCGGACUCGAGGUGCCAUUAUUCAGACCCCAACCCUAGGCCCUAUCCAGCCCACUCGGGUGUCAGAAGCUGGCACCACAGUUCCUGGCCAGAUUCGUCCAACCAUGACUAUUCCUGGCUAUGUUGAACCCACUGCAGUUGUUACCCCUCCCACAACUACCACCAAGAAGCCACGAGUAUCCACACCCAAACCAGCAACGCCUUCAACUGACUCUUCAACCACCACAACUCGCAGGCCAACAAAGAAACCACGAACUCCCCGACCAGUACCCCGAGUUACCACCAAAGCUCCCAUCACCAGAUUGGAAACUGCCUCUCCACCUACUCGCAUCCGUACCACCACCAGUGGAGUGCCCCGAGGGGGAGAACCUAAUCAACGCCCAGAGCUCAAGAACCACAUUGAUAGGGUAGAUGCUUGGGUUGGUACCUACUUUGAGGUGAAGAUCCCAUCAGACACUUUCUAUGACAAGGAGGACACCACCACUGACAAACUAAAGCUGACCCUGAAGCUGCGGGAGCAGCAGCUGGUAGAUGAAAAGUCCUGGGUACAGUUCAAUAGCAAUAGCCAGCUCAUGUAUGGCCUGCCUGACAGCAGCCAUGUGGGCAAACAUGAAUAUUUCAUGCAUGCCACAGAUAAGGGGGGUCUAUCAGCUGUGGAUGCCUUCGAGAUACACGUCCAUAGGCGCCCUCAAGGAGAUAAGGCUCCUGCACGGUUCAAGGCUAAAUUUGUGGGUGACCCAGCACCAGUGGUCAGUGACAUCCACAGGAAGAUUGCUUUGGUGAAGAAGCUGGCUUUUGCCUUUGGGGACCGAAAUUGUAGCACUAUCACCUUGCAGAAUAUCACCCGGGGUUCCAUUGUGGUGGAAUGGAUCAACAACACAUUGCCCCUGGAACCCUGCCCCAAGGAGCAGAUCAUGGGAUUGAGCCGGCGGAUUGCUGAAGAUGAUGGGAAACCUCGGCCUGCCUUCUCCAAUGCCUUGGAGCCUGACUUUAAGGCCACGAGCAUUGCUGUGACAGGCUCUGGUAGUUGUCGGCACCUACAGUUUAUCCCUAUGGCACCAGCCAAGAAGGUGCCCUCAGAGGUGCCGCCCACAGAGGUACCAGACAGGGACCCUGAGAAGAGCAGUGAGGAUGAUGUCUACCUGCAUACCGUCAUUCCUGCUGUGGUGGUUGCAGCCAUCUUGCUCAUUGCCGGCAUCAUUGCCAUGAUCUGCUAUCGCAAGAAGCGGAAGGGAAAGCUUACCCUCGAGGACCAGGCCACCUUCAUCAAGAAGGGGGUGCCUAUCAUCUUUGCAGAUGAACUGGAUGACUCUAAGCCCCCACCCUCCUCCAGUAUGCCACUCAUUCUGCAGGAGGAGAAGGCUCCCUUGCCUCCUCCUGAGUAUCCCAACCAGAAUGUGCCCGAGACCACCCCUCUGAACCAGGACACCGUGGGAGAGUAUACACCCCUUAGGGAUGAGGAUCCCAAUGCACCUCCCUACCAGCCACCUCCGCCCUUCACAGCCCCCAUGGAGGGCAAGGGCUCCCGUCCCAAGAACAUGACCCCAUACCGGUCACCCCCUCCUUAUGUCCCUCCUUAACCCAUAAGCGCCUGGGUGGAGGCAGGGGUAGGGCAGGGACCUAGAGACAACAUGGUGUUGUCUUUGGAAACUGGUGGCCUGCAGACCAUUGCCCACCAGGAGCCGACACCUGACCUAGCACACACUUGACACAUGGGGCCUAGACAAGCCCGCCCUCUCUGGUCCUCCCAAACCCCAAAGCAGCUGAAAAGACUUUGGGGACUUUUUUAUUUUUAUUUUUUGCCUAACAGCUUUUUGUUUGUUCAUAGAAAAUUCUUCGCUGCGUUUUUGAUAGCUGGUUCUGAAAGCACUGUUUGACUAGAGGUAGAUAGAGGGAGCGAGGAACCGUGAAUGAACUUGCAGGCAGUGCUGGGCAGCCCCCCAGCUCUCUGCAUUUUGCCUUUAACACUAACUGUACUGUUUUUUCUAUUCACGUGUGUCUAGCUGCAGGAUGUAACAUGGAAAACAGUAGCUAAAGAUUAAAUUCAGAGGACUUUCAGAAGUUAAGGUUAAGUUUUUACAUUUAAUCUGCUGUUUACCUAAACUUGUAUGUAUGAUUUUUGGGUGGGUAUGGGGAAUUGCUUUGCUAAAAAUAAGCUCCCAGGGUGUUUCAAACUUGGAGAAGACCAAGGGACAGUAUUUUUUAUCAAAGGAAUCCUAUUUUUUCACACUAUGUCAACUUGGUUGCUCUGAUAUCCCAGAGCCAGGGCCCUGGUGCUGGGUUAAUUCUUCCACUGUUGCUGGGGGCUUAGAAGCUGGAGGGGCCUCUUGGGCUGUGUACAUCCCCACCUCCACCUCCACCCCAUGUACACUAGUGGCCCACCACCAAGGGGCCUUCAUUUCCAUGGAAAGGGGACUCCAAGAGUCAGCAGUGGCUGUGGCCCCCAACUUAGGUGCUCCAAGGUGGGCCAGCUGCUCAAGGGGAGACUGGGAGGACGAGGGACUCUACCACAUCAAUAUUUUUUUUAAUCCUUCUUCUGUGCCCCCCCCCCCAAAAGGAACACCAUGGUUUUUGAAACACUCAGUGGGGGACGUUUUGGUGAAGAUGCAAUAUUUUUAUGUCAUGUGAUGCUCUUUCCUCACUUGACCUUGGCUGCUUUGUCCCAGUAGUCCACAGCCCCACCCUACCUACCCCGUGCCCUUUUAUCUGGCGCUCCAGUCCCAGGCCUUGGGCCUGAACAACUGGAAAAGGUCUGGUGGCUGGGGAGGAGUGCCAGCAAUAGUUCAUAGUAAAAAUCUGUGGGCUCUCAAAGCUAAUUUUUUACUAAAGUUUUUAUACAGCCUCAAAUUGUUUUAUUAAAAAAAAGAUUAAAAAUGGUGAUGCUUACAGCAGUUUGUACAAGCUUUUAGUGUUGAUUCCAUGGAACUGACGGCUUUGCUCAUUUUGAUUUUUUUUCACCCUUCUUUUCCUAAAAGUUUAAAUUCUGGAAUUACACUGGGGCUUCUUUUGCCUUUUUUAGCAGAACAUCCGUCUGUCCAUCUGCAUCUCUGUCCCAUGACUCAGGGGCAACCACUUUGCUUCCAUUCUUCUCCUUUGAAAGAAACCAUUUUGAGCAUGACUUUCAUUGAUGUCUGAGAGUUAUUUUGGGUACCUUUAAGGGAGGAAUGCCUUUCGCAAUAAUGUAUCCCUUCUCUGAUCGAGGGUAGGUGGGUGGACCUAGGCUCCCUUUGCACACGGAGCAGGUACUUCUAAGCCAUAUCUGUUUUGCAGAGGAUUUGUGUGUGCUGCCUCAGGACGGGAGGUCCGGCAGGAGGAGAGGGGUCUCCUUCCUACUGUUCUCCAGAGGGCAUUACUCCUUGCGCCUUCUUCCACAGGGCCUAGCCCCUCUCUCCUGUCCCAGCCCCCAGCAGGGUACUCUGGAGUAAAUAGUGCCUCUGUGAGGGGAGCCUGUAGAUGAGGGCUCAGUGGACUGCAAGUAACAGGGAUCAUGCUUCUAAGCCUUGGCUCAAGCUGGAGUUUCCCUGAUGCCCCAAAGACAGGAGCACAAGUGGAAUCUGGUGAGAUUAUUUCUGAUGACCUCCAAAUAAACAAUUCCCAACUUUCAAGGUGAGGGCUUUGCAAGGCCUUCCAAACAGCCCUGUUGCCCCUAGCAACCUCACCUCAGGCACUACCACGCAAAAGAUGUGGCUGGCCCAGAAUGGCCAGUUGCCAUAGCAACUGGAGGUGAUGGGGCAAUGAACAGAAUAACAACAGCAACAAUGCCUUUGCAGGCAGUCUCCUGAGCACUGGGCUGGUGAUGGCCAUUGGACUCUGAGAUGGAGAGUCAAUCUCACAUUCAAGUGUUCACCAACCACUGAUGUGUUUUUAUUUCCUUCUAUAUGAUUUUGAGAUGUGUUUUCUGCAUUCUGUAUAGAAGCAUAUCAGACUAAAUAAAAGCAGUGUCUUUAUUACAA